AUGGGGACAGCAGUAAGAGAUGGCUCUAGGGUCCAGGUCUGGGUGGCCUAUCUGCUCCUGGCCUCCCUUACUGUGGCCACUGAGACUGAUGUCACUCAGCCUGAAGUGGACACCACCCAGGGUCGCCUGCGAGGGCUGCAGGUGAGCGUGAAAGGCACAGAUCACCGCGUGAAUGUCUUUCUAGGCAUCCCAUUUGCCCAGGCACCAUUGGGGCCGAACCGGUUCUCAGCCCCGCUCCCAGCACAGGCCUGGGAGGGUGUGCGGGAUGCCAGCAUGCCUCCCCCAAUGUGCCUGCAGGAAGUGGAGAGAAUGGACAACUUCAGGUUUGUGCUGAACGGAAAGCAUCAGGUCUUCUCGAUUUCAGAGGACUGUCUGGUCCUCAACAUCUAUAGCCCAGCUGGGGCCACCACAGGGGCUAGGAGGCCGGUCAUGGUGUGGAUUCAUGGGGGCUCGAUGGUAGUUGGUGCCGCCACCUCCUUUGACGGGUCAGCCCUGGCUGCAUUUGGGGAUGUGGUAGUGGUCACAAUCCAGUACCGCCUUGGGAUGCUUGGCUUCCUCAGCACCGAGGACAGGCAUGCACCAGGCAACUGGGCCUACCUAGAUGUGGUGGCAGCUCUUCACUGGGUGCAGGGAAACAUCACCCCCUUUGGGGGCGACCCCAACUGUGUCACCAUCUUUGGGUCGUCUUCAGGUGCCAUGAUUGUUUCUGCUCUGGUCCUGUCCCCGCUGGCUGCAGGGCUGUUUCACAGAGCCAUAGCACAGAGCGGAGUCAUUAACAUCCCAAGGAUACAGAAGUCUGACCCACUGUCCUUGGCUCAGAACAUUGCAGACUCCUUGGACUGCCCCUUCAACUCUGUGGCUGAGAUGUUGCAGUGCCUUCGGCAGAAGAGAGGUGAAGACAUAAUCUUUACCAAGAAGUCCCACCAGAAAACGUAUGUCAUGCACCACACCAUUGAUGGUACCUUCUUUCCCAAGAAACCCAUGGAGCUCCUGAAGGAGAGGCAGUUCCACCCUGUGCCCUUCCUUCUGGGUGUCAAUAAUCACGAAUUUAGUUGGCUCAUCCCCAAGGGCUGGGGUUUCCUGGAUGAGACUGAGCAGAUGAACCAGGAGGGCCUUCAGGCUCUACUGAGGACCAUAAUGACUGAGAUGGACAUCCCCCCCGAGUUGAUGCUUACCCUCAUAGAUGAAUACCAAACUAACAGCAUGGAUCUGCGGACCAAAGACCAUGGGCUUCUGAACUUGCUGAGUGAUAUUUUAAUCAUCUUUCCUACCUUGAACUUCUCAAGAGACCUCCUAGAUGCUGGAAGCCCUGUCUUUUUCUAUGAGUUCCAGCAUCGCCCUAGUUGUUUUGCGAAAAUCAAGCCAGACUGGGUGAAAGCUGACCAUGGAGCUGAGUUGGCCUUCAUGUUUGGGGGCCCCUUCCUCAUGGACGAGAGCUCCCUCCUGGCCUUUCCAGAGGCCACGGAGGAGGAGAAGCGGCUGAGUCUCACCAUGAUGGCCCAGUGGACACAUUUUGCCCGGACAGGGGACCCCAAUGGUGAGGGGCUGCCUUUUUGGCCCCCCUUUAACCAAUCGAAGGAAUACCUGCAGAUCAGCCUGGUGCCACGUGUUGGCCAGAAGAUCCUGGAAGCCCAGAUGAAGUUCUGGACAGAGACACUCCCCAUCAAGAUCCAACAGUGGCAGCAGAAGCAGAAGGGAAAGAAGGCCCAGGAAGAGCUCUGA